CUAUAUGUGCUUACUGGCUUGUCUGUUUAAACAAAAAUGAAAGUAGCUAUGUAAGCAGAAGGAUUAUGUACUUCUGUUUUUGUUGAAAAUCGAGGCACGUAGGUAAGAUAUGUUAUUGAUCUUAUCUAGUUAAUUUAUCUAUUUAAACCAAGCACGUUUACAUUUGAUCAACACUUUAAAAAAAUGUUGUUACUGGAAUAUAAGAAUAAAUAAAAAUUCGAAUUUACAAUGUGUCUUGUUUUAGGCAUUUGGAGAGACAGAGAGAGUUGUAGACAGGACAAGAUAAAAUAAAAAUGGGCGAUUAAAUAUAUAUGUUUGUAUUUUGUAUUUUGAAAGGUAGAAGAUACUGGAUUAUACAAGGUAAUUUUAAGUUAUUCAAGUUACAGAUUGCGAUUCACUGAUUUAACACCCCAAAACAUUAAGGUGUUAUAAAGAUCUAUAAACAGUUUUGCUCUCUAUAUAUUUAAGAUACAUUCGUUAAUUGUAAAAUAAAACAAUUGAUGUUAUUUAUGCAAUUUAUCAGGGGCUGUCAUCAUUUUUAAAAAUACACAUUGAAAAAAACUCAAACUCUUCUCUAACUACCUACCUCACCACCCCCACCCUUCAAAUCUAUUGAAAGAAGCAAUUAUUAUUCCUUAAGGGGCGGGUUCUAGUUAAAAUAAAACGUAUAGACUAUUGGAUUAUUUUAAUGUUGCUCUAAUAAUGUUUAUAUUUUCUUACAUGCUUUGGGACGUUGCUGUUAAUAAAAAUUAAUCACACUAUAAUUAACGAUAAUAUCCAUGAUCAAUCUUUUCAGAGAAUAUGUCGUGAAAUCUGAGGUCAGUGUAUCUUUGGCACCUGUCUUCGAAGAGAUACAGAAAUAUUUUUCAUGGAUUAACAAUAUUAUCAGAUAUUGACCAAACAUUUCUUUCGUAUUGAUCAUUUGAAUGAUAUAAACUGAAUACUGUAAAUUGCUGGCGUUUCAACAGGACUGAAAGUGGAUUAAAACUAAAACUUUUUGACAAUUAGACAAUUAGAAUGAUUCAUAUGAAGUAUACAAAAAUACUAAUUUUGUAUACCUUUUUUCUUAUUGGACUUGGAGAGACAGGUAUGUAAUUCGUAGAGCAACAAUAACAUUAGAUUUUAAAAAGUAAAAUUCGUGAAAAUUCAGAGGAUAGAUUACCUUACGUUAAUUAUAAAUCAUUAAUGAGACAUGUAUGGAAAAGACGUUUUUAUUUCAGCAUGUGAUACUGGAUGGUUUGGUACAAAUUGUGAGUACAAAUGUCAUUGUGCACCAAAUACUGCCACAUGUGACAUUAAUGGAAAGUGCUCGGCAGGAAAAUGUGCAUCAGGAUGGUUUGGCCCAGCUUGCCAAUACCGUAAGUAGCCGGUUAUUUGAUUUAAUUUCAUAGACAAUAAAAUCCCUUAUUUAAAGCAAAUUAUAGAUUCAAGAAAGAAAUUAGGAUCAUGAUGUAUCAAUUUAUAAAAUGAAAAAUAAAAAACAAUAAAACUGACAUUUCGAGUGAUUACAUUCAACCAUGAACAAAACAAAGUAAUAGAAGCCGAAAUGGUCAUGAUUGAUUUCGAGGGACGACCUAACACAUUCACAAAGUUGGAACGAAAUCUCAACAAUAAUUUUUAGCUAGACCGUCAUUCUUAUUAUUAAAAUGUCACAAGUUUAUUUAAAAAAUAACCUCUUUUAAGAGAAUUCGAUAAACAUUAUCUUAUACCAAAAUCAGUUUUCUACAUUAGCUUUCUGCCAUAUUUAUAAAUCAGAAGCAAUUUUCGCUUGAAAAUAAAUACCUUUCUAUCUCAAUAUUUUCAUGAUAGUUAUUAAUUUCAGAGGAUUUGUAUUCACUGUCACAGAUUGCCACAAGUGCAUUGAGAGUUUCAAACCUUACUGACGAAAAUAACGAACAAUUUUUAUUUUUGUAAUUAUAAUUAAACAAAUAAUAGAAAAGUUUUCUUCCUUCAAGAGUCUUACAUGUAAAAAAAAAAAUUAUAACUAUUACUCAAAAGUUACACAAGAUAUUCAACAAAUCAGCAUCUUUCAAACAUAAAGUUUUUUAUUUUAUUAAUAAUUUAGAGGACCUUUUUUCACAACCACAAGUUGCCACAAGUUCUCUGACUGCUACAAUCCUAGCAGACAGAGAUGACAACACAUGUUUAACAACUAAUACAGGAAAUUUGACAGUUACAUUAAACAUGAUUUAUCCCAUUAAUUGGAUACGAUUAGUUGUGAAAAAACCAGGUAAGUGGUAGAAUAAAACAAUCGUUGAUAUUUUUUAUCGUUUGAAAUGUCUUUUAAUAUCUACCAUGAUUGUGUUAGUUUUUCUUUCAAACAUUUUCUCCCGCGGCGCAUUUCAGAUUUUCGUGGUGGGGCAGUGUCAGGUUCAAGUGGGUAGUGGCAAGAGACGUAGCUAAGCGUGGAAGAGGGGGCGUACGUGCCUGGCAACAGACUAGCAACGGCUCCAAAAUGGACUUAAUGUAUUUGAUGGUUGAAUAUAAAGUGUUUUUUUUAAGAGUAGGGUUUUGGGAGGGGGGGGGCGUAAAAAUAAAUCAUAUCCCCUUACGCCAAACAUUAGCUACGCCCUUCCAGUGGAAUAGAAAGGGAAAGGAUGAGGUUGUUCAUCUUUAUAUAGAGGUGCAGCUAUUUCGGACAACUGCAGAUUUUGUAAUGUGAAAUGGAGAGCAGCAACAAUAUUUGACCCAAAUGAUGGCAUUAAAAAAGGCUAAGCCUCCAGGCAGUUUAUCUCUUGUCAAAAAAGUUAUAGAACAUUUUCUUCAGGGUGAAGGGUAGAAAUCGAAGGCACCGAUGAAUAUUUCUAUAAUUUAAAUAAAUAAAGUUAUAACAAAGAUCAUGAUGGUAAACCCAGCAAACCAAUAGCAAAUCUCUUUGGUAAAAUGCGCGGGAACUAGUUGAAGCCUUCAAAUACUCAUUAAGCAGCAUUGACUUAAAUGUUGGAUCCAAAGCGAAAAAAAAAAGGACUAGCAUUGUAAAGGCUAGAUCAGCAUUUGUGCUAUAAAGAAAAUAUGGGAGUCAAAGGAGCUGACUCUUCAAACUAAAAUCAGAAAUUUUAACACAAAUGUCAAAUCAGGUUUACGGUAUGGAAUUUGGAUAACAAAAACGGGCAUCACACAAGAACUACAGACCAUCAUAAACACUUGCCUAAAAAAAUAUCCUGAAGAUCAAAAGGGCAAACACCAUCACCAACAAAGACUUAAUGAAUUGAACAUAUCAAGGAGCUUAUUGCCAAAGACAUCAUCGUGUAAGAUGGAUGUGGAUAGGGCACAAUCUACCCAAAACCCCAGAUAACAUCUCUAGACAAUCUCUAACAUGAAAUCCACAGGAAAAAGAUAGAAAGGAAGCCCCAAAAAUACACGGAGAAGUGAGCUAGAGGCAGACUCACAAAGAAUGGGGCACACAUGGAAGCAACUGAAAGGAACAUUAAGGGCAAAGAUUAAUCGAAAAUUCUUGUUGACGCUUUACGCCCAAGACGGGUAAAAGGCAUACGUUCUUAAAGAAGUUAAAUCUUUUAGCGUUGGAAGGUAUGGGGAGCAUUAACAUUUAUUGCAAGAAUUGUUAUUAUUAUUUCAAGUUCAAGUAGCGCAUUUUGGUGUAUAGUUGGAUUCAAUGUUUCUUUUAGGCUGUUUGAUCAGGGGAAGUAAAAUUGUAAGGGUCUAGGGAAGCAUUAUGGUGCCAAUGUCAUACAUAACUUAAUUCACAUUACUUGCAGCAUGCCCUAGGGUAAUCAUUUGGCACUAGAUUAUUUUCAACCAAUACUGUAACAUUGUGAAGGAAGGGGUGCAGAAAUUAAGAGUGCUGAAAACAUUCUCGCAAAUUUGAAUUGAAGGGAUGCAUUUUGGCAUCCUGGGAAUAUGAACUAAAUUCAUUCGAGUUAUGUUUCCCUUGAGGUUAUGCAUUUUCCCUAGCUUAAUAUCGCCUAUUAAAUCAUUUUAGUCCUCGAGUAGGUUAUGACAAAUUCAAAAUUUAAGAAUGCAUUUUUGAAGAUACUUUAAUGCAGUUUUGCAGCAUUCUACUUUUGGAGAACAACGGAAAAGAUAAUAGUUUAAAUAUAAUGUAGUUGGCUUUUAACCUUAGAAACAUCUUUUGAGCCCAGCAACCUCUACGACUUCAGUAGGCCUUGGAUAUCUUAGGGGCUUAAAGAUGUGAUGUGGAUAUUUUCUUACUUACCAUUUUCAAUGCAAGGAAGGGCAGGACAAAGCCAACAGAUGACAAAAAUGGCCUAGAGAAUUUGAGUGACGGCUCUUCAUGACCUGCUUGUGUUCCGCAAUUUUUUUUUUAUCUUACCAAAUUUGAAUGUGGCUUUCAUGUUUUAUUUAAACGUUUUGUGGGCUUAACUCUAUAGUUAGUCAAUGAAUUAUUAAAGGAAAAAAAGGGUCCAUCACAUAAAAUCCUGCUUACAUCAUUUCACGUGUGAUAAUAACAUCUGUGAAACAUUGUCAAGUUUACCGGGGUAAUAAAACAAAACUGUAAGGUAGAACGGUCUAAACAUAUUCAUGUGUUAUCAAAACUGGUUAUUCUUAGCAAUCGUAUAUGAAUGACAUUAUUAUGUAAAUGAGACAUUAUUAUUUUUACUCAAAAAAAGGUGGAAUCAAAUUUGAUUUGCAAUUUCAAACUACAAUAACUUUUUUCAGAUAAAUUACAAAUUGCCACUUAGAUAUACUUUGAAACAUUUUAUUACCAAAUGAAAAAAAAAUAUAUAUAUUUUAAAUUGAAAAAGAAUUGAAAAUUGAAAAAAAAAAAUUAAAUAACUACCAACAAAAAAUGGAAUUGGCAUGAUAAUCGAAAUGCUGGUUCAAAAAAUCUGAUUUUUUUAAAGCUCUCUGAUAUAUUCUUUUCUUGAAAAAACAUAUUUACUUUAUAAAAUCAGUGCAACUAGCCGGGAGGAAAUUUCCGUGUUUUUUUUCCAAGGGGUUGGGGGGUGGGGGGCCGCAAAAUUUGGUCUACUUAUUUAUUAUUGGAGCAAUUUAUAAAAAACAACAACCUGCAAAUUCAGUUGUUGGGGGUGGGUGGUGAAUGCCCAACCAUACCCUACCCAAAUGUCGUAUUUUGCAACAGGAUACGAAAUAUUGCAUAUUAAUCUGAUUUUGAAAGACAAAAGAGUUAAGAAAUUAAUAAAAAUAGGCUAAUUUUUUAAACCUCUGUUGUUCAGGAAACUUUGUUACAAAAUUAAUCCGUUUAAAGUAAACAAAAAACGCUUUCGGUAUAAUAAUUGAUGAAAUGUGCAUUGUUUGUAUACCACCGUUAAGUCUUUAUUAAAAAUAUAUCUCCAAUUUUUGUAUAAGUUUCCAUAUUAUAUAAUUCAACAUUCUUGGAGUCGAGUACAUUUAUAAUUAAGCUAAUAUUUUUUAAAAAAUAUAAUUUAUAAUUAAAUUAACACCUAUUCCCACUUUUAAAGUAAUGCUUUUAUAAUAGUAUAUAAUUUGAACAUAGCGUAUGUUUGAUACUUAGCAAGACCCAUAUUUGAAUUGUACUCACUGAUACUGAUGUAAAGCUAGUUAAUACGGUGUUGUUGUUUUUAAAUUUGUAAAGUUGCAAAAAAAAAAAAAAAUAAUACAAAUAAAAAUAAUAAUCAUAAUACCGAUAAAUGCGAACAACAAAGUAAAUAUUCGACUUAUAACCAAGGGCGUGGCCAAUACCAUAUUUUAAUCGAAUAUUGUUAGUCUUUAAAAAGAUUGGCCUUUUAUAUAUGGAUCAUCAAAUAUAUCCAAUCUAGCGAUAUUUCAUCGAUUCCAAUAAUCGGUUAAAGGCAUUAGAUAAUAUUCUUUAUAAAACUGGUUACAAAAUACAAUUCAGUUGUUUUAAUGUAUUUUAACAAUUAAAAAAUCAUGAUAUUUUUUUAUUAUUUUUUUUACACAUUUUGCUGCUCGGGUUGGGGGGGGGGCAAGUGAGCUCACGGAGAUAUGCUUGAAAGAAACACUGAUGUGUUAUAAUAUAAAGUAUAUAACAGUUAUAUACAUUUAAACUACACGUUUACGCACCUGCACAUAUUGAUUAUCACGUUGUCUGUAAAGCAUUUAAAAGUUAGGAAUUUGUAUUUUUAAAAAAAUAAAUACUUUCAGUAACGUGUAUCUAAUUACAUAAACUGUUUGUUCAUAUUUUUCAUAAUACAGAUAGUAUAAAGUAACAUCAUAGACUUUUCAUUUGAUACAAUAAAGUCAAUAGACAUCCCUUUGAAAAAAAAACCAAACAUGUAUUUUAGCUAUUAGGCCAAGAUUUGGAAAACUUUGUGUUUGUACGGCCACAUCGACAAAUGAAAAGCUAUUGGAGGGCCAUAUUAGCAGCACAUUACGAAGGUCAAGGACUAUUUACAAGAACGGAAAUGGAAGGAAAUUUUCUUUUAAAAAGUUAAAACAAUCAUAACGGUACACGAAAUUCUGUAAAAUAAAAAAAAAAGUUAACUUAAAAUCGAAUAAAUUUUAUUUAUUUCUAAAAUGUCCUCGAGGGUUAGCAUAACGUCAACUGCAUGUGGCCCGCGGGCCGUCGUUUGCUUACUCCAGUAUUAGGCUCAUUGUGCAUGAGAUAUAUUGAAUUUUAUUAGUUUAAAAGUUCCAUUUGAUAUGCGUUGCAAUAUAUUCUAGACUUUCACAGCUCGAACUUUGUGCUUAUUAAUUUAUUGAGCUUUUACCCUAGAAAUAAAAGGCUAUCGCCAAAAUAGAAAGACUGUAUAAUGCGACUAUGUAGCGAGGACGUUUUUAAAAGUGUAACUUAUAUUUUGUUUUUCAGAUCAGUUACAUAAUAUUACAAUAUCUUUCCAUGACACACAAAACAGUGUUACAACAUGCGGUAGAACUGUAAUACAAGACAGAACCAUGGACAUAAUAUGUGAGGUUAUUAUGACAAUAAACAAAAUGAGCAUUAUAGGAGACGGCGUCAAUUCACUGUGUUCUCUUUACAUUAGUGGAGGUAGGUCUUUACAUUAGUGGACGUAGUGGUUUACAUUAGUGGAGGUAGGAAUUUACAAUAGUAGGAGUAGAUCUUUGCAUUAGAUGAGAUACGGCUUUACAUUAGUAGAAGUAAUGCUUCACAUUGGUGACGGUAAGGCUUUACAUUAGUGGAGGCAGGUCUUUACAUUAAUUGGGGUAGGUCUUUACAUUAGUGGAGUUUAUGCUUUACAUUGGUAAAGUUAGUCUUUUAAAGUAGUGUAGGUAUGUCUUAGCAUUACCUUAUCGGAGAAUGGUCUUUUCAUUAAAGGAGGUAUUGCCUUAUAUUAGUGGAGGGAGUUCUUUACAUUAGUGGAGGUAGGGCUUUACAUUACUGGAAGUAGGUCUUUCCAUUAAUAGAGGUAUGGCUUUACAUUAGUGCAGGGAGGUCUUUACAAUAGUGGAGGUAUAGCUGUACAUUAGUGGAGAGAGGUCUUUACAUUAACAGAGAUAUAGCUGUACAUUACUGGUAAGGAGGUCUAUUCAUCAAAGGAGGUAGGGCUUUACAUUAGUUGAGGGAGGUAUUUACAUUAACAGAGGUAUAGCUGUACAUUAGUGGUAAGGAGGUCUAUUCAUUAAAGGAGGUAGGGCUUUACAUUAGUGGAGGGAGGUCUUUACAUUACUGGAGGUAGAUCUCUACAUUAGUGAGAAAUUGUUUUAUAUUAUUGGAGUAGGUCUUUACAUUGACGGUAGUAUGUCUUUACAUUAGGGAAGGUAGGCUUUACAUAAGUGAAGGUAGGGCUUUACAUUAGUUUAGGUAGGUCUUUACAUAAGUGUAGGUAGGGCCUUACACUUGUAAUGUUAAGGCUUUGCAUUAGUGUUGGUAUGGCUUUACAUUCGUGGAAGUAGGGCUUUUCACUAGUGGAUUAAGGGCUUUCCAUUAGUAAUGGUAAGGCUUUACACUUGGCAACGAUAUGAUUUUACAUUCGUUUAGGUAGGGAUUUAUAAUAAUGGACAUAUGUCAUAUAUUAUUGGACGUAGGUCUUUACAUUAGUGGUGACAGGUAUCGACUUUAGUGAAUGUAUGGAUCCAUAUUAGUGGACAUAGGGAUUUACAUUAGUCAAACUAGGGCUUUAAAAUAAUGGAGGUAAGGCUUUACAUAAGUGGAGAUUGAGCUUUACAUUUUUAAAGAUAGUGAUUUACUUUAGUGGAUUUAUGGAUUCACAUUAGUGAAGAUAGGGCUUAUAAUUAGUGGAGGUAGGUCUUCAAAUAAAUUUUAUAGUGUUUUACAUUAGUAGAGGUAGGGUUUCAUAUUUGUAAAGGUAUGAUUUAUCGAUAGUAGAGUAAGGCUUUAUAUUAGAGGAAGUAGGGUUUUACACAAUUGGAGGGUUGGUUUUAUUUAAGUAGAGUUAUAAUUUUACAUUAUUUGAGGUAGGGCUUUACGUAAGGGGAGGUAGUGAAGGUAAAAAAAUAAUUUAGGAAGUAGGGUUUUACAAAGUGGAGAUGUAGCUUUACAUUAAAGGAGGUAAGGCUUUACAUUGAUUUAGAUAGCGAUUUACAUUUGUUGUGGUGAGGAUUUACUUUAGUAGAGGUAAGGUUUUACAUAAAUGGAGGUAAGGUGUUACAUAAAUGUAGGUAAGUUUUUACAUAAAUGGAGGUAAGGUGUUACAUAAAUGGAGGUAAGGUUUUACAUAAAUCGAGGUAGGUCUUUACAUUAGUGGAGGUAUGUCUUUACAUAACCAAGACAAAAUAUUUUGACGUUUUGGCUUCGAGCCUUCAUCAGAAAACAAGACAAAAAGAUGUACAACAAGAAUCAUAUCACAGUAAAAAAAAAAAAAACUUGAAGGAUUGACUUUUUGUUGCCAGAAGUAGGUUUACAGGAAGUGAAAUAAUGUAAAUAUUGGUACUGUGAAAAAUAAGGUAGAGAUUUUAACGAACAAAAAUAUUUAGUGAUGCAUAAAAUCAAAGGAAUAAGAAGGAAAGCAAAAAUACAGGGAAAUUGAGAAACAUUGGUAAGAGAUUAAUUAAUUUAUACCAUGUGGAAAUAUUGUACCAAAAAGCUGAAUAAUGUUUUUUUUUCCAUUUUCACUCUCUUUGAUGUGUUAGUGCACGAAAUUAAUGCCGUAAUAGUUAUAUCUAAUACACCUUUAUGUUGACAUCUAAUGAAGUGUGAAGAGACUGGGGAAAGUUUACCUUGUUCAAUAUCCCCAACAUGUACUGUGAACCUAUCUCUGCUAAUCAUCUCUCUGUUUCGCCUAUAUAACUUAAAUGACAUCUAUGGCACACAAUCACAGAUAUCACAUUCCGACUAACGCAUGUGAACCCCUCUUUGAUGUAAAAGAUACCUUUAGGGAUGCGAACGUUUUUUGUUUGGAGUGUAUAGGGACACGUCCUACAUCGGCUUCUCGAGCAAGGAUUAGUCCCAAUGUAAGACGGGUCAGCUCGAAUGCUGCUGUGAACCAGAAGAUCACCUAGAUUUUUAUCUCGUCUUAAGGCCAUAAAGAGCAAUAGAUUGGUCGCAAAAAGUGACUGAACUAUGACAUUUCCUUUUCUAAUGUUCAGUUACAUUAACUUAGUACAAAUGUUAGGAUAUUUUUUUCUUUAGCACUAUGAUGUGCAAUAAAGUCAAACACUAUAACUUAUCCAUAAGUCACGUUUUUUUUACUAGGAUCAUGUGGUGUAAUAUACAUCUCUGGAGAGAUUAGACGCAGCGUUGUUACUCGUUGACUCAACUGAGGUUAGGGACCUUUUAGGGAUGCAUGGGUAGGUCAUCUAUUGUGUCAUUCAAGCUUAUUUGGCAUUAGCGGUGGAGACUUAAGGUUUUUAAAUUUCGUUGGUAGUUUCAACCAUUUUCGACAUGUGGCCAAAUUUUAGAAUACUUUGAGGUCAGUACACUUGGUUUACAAGUCAAAUCUUGUUUUAUCCUUAAGAUUGUUCCAUCUUGUAAAGGGUGGUGAUACUUAACACCUUUUCUGAUGUCUUAAUAAUGUUUCUGUGACUGUUUCUAGGAAUCGAAGUGUUUCUAGUUGCCUAAAAUUCAUGUGCCUUUGGAGUUAGGAUUUCAAUGGAUGAAGGAAGAAGUUCGUUGGUGUUCGUCCUGUGAAAGGUUGUGAUAGAGAUACAUUGAUAACCGCCAAAAGAGUUUUUGUGUACUUCAGUCAAGUCAAAACGUAUUUUUACUUUUCUUCCACCCAUGUUUAAAUGCAUGCUUGGUGGUAUCACUAUUCUAAGACCAUUGUAUAGUAUGCCAUUUGACUUUGUCUGUGGAUCACGUAAGAGGAUCAUUAGCUAAAUAGACUUGUGUCACAAUCUUUUCAUUAGCUAAAUAGACUUGUGUCACAAUCUUUUCAUUAGCUAAAUAGACUUGUGUCACAAUCUUUUCAUUAGCUAAAUAGACUUGUGUCACAAUCUUUUCAUUAGCUAAAUAGAAUGUUGUCACAAUCUUUUCAGUAGCUAAAUAGAAUUGUGUUACAAUCUUUUCAUUAGCUAAAUAGAAUAGUGUCACAAUCUUUUCAUUAGCUAAAUAGAAUGUUGUCACAAUCUUUUCAGUAGCUAAAUAGAAUUGUGUUACAAUAUUUUCAUUAGCUAAAUAGAAUAGUGUCACAAUCUUUUCAUUAGCUAAAUAGAUUUUGUCACAAUAUUUUCAUUAGCUAAAUAGAAUUGUGUCACAAUCGUUUUAUUAUUUCUUUUUUUUUUUUUGCACAUCAUCAAAAUGACAGAUUUGAUGAUACAUUAGUGGAAUUGGAAGACGAACUUAUGAUUAACUCGUGUAGUUUAAAUUGUAUUUUAGGAAGAAACGUGGCAGUAAAGCAAAUGACGUCACAAUCAAGUAUUUACAGCGAGAGCGGUAUAAUACGUUACUCCAGUCUUGCUGUAGAUGGGAAUUCAGACUCUGAUUUCUCAAUAGGCAGCUGUUCACAUACAUCUCCGGAUGAAGCUGCUUCUAACUGGAAUGUGACGUUCUCCAGACCGCAACUUGUAAACAGAUAUAUUCUAUACAAUAGAAGAGACUGUAAGUUCUUCUGUAAUAUAAAAGCUGAAAAAUUUUUUGGAAGAGACGUUACACGUUAUAUAUUUCCGUAAAUUAAAACCAUGGACCAAGGAAUAUUAAAUUUGUUGGGAACCGUGUUCUUAUAAGACCAGAAGAUUUAUUUAGAAUGAGUUGAAUUAAGACAGAGAGGUCAGUAUGAUAUUAUGAGAAAUGCGUGUGGGCAAGAUAUUGCCUUGAAUGGGUGAAUAUGCCAGUGAAGGCCUAAGAGAACUUAUAUAUAAUUUAUUAGUUCAUUAUUGAUGGGUGAAAAAAUAUUAUAACGUGCACUAUUUUGCAUGUCUUAUUGUUAGUUGGUUUUAGGUAGCUUAUGAAUAAUUAUAACAUACUGUUUAAUUGUGUGUUACUUGUUAGUUAAUUCAAUUUCUUUCCACUAAUUCCUUGUAAGUAUAAGUCUAAAGUUAUGUAUCCCAUUUUGUGAUUAACGUAUUGUUUAUGACUAAUUAAUAUGAUUAAAUUGAUUAUAUAUAUAAUGCAAAUACGCUUAGUUCUAUUAUUACUGAUGAUAAAAAAAAAAAGUAAUCUUAAAAAAUCAUCAACUUUCAAAUGCUAUGACUUAUUCUGCGCUGUUAUGAUUUCAGUUCAGGAAAGACUGCUGAAUUUCUCCCUCUCAAGCUUGAACCCGGACAAAGGCGUGGUCUUCACCUACUCCAUCCCUCCAAAAGUACAACUGAUUUACGCCGUGACGUCAUCUCCGGAACUUGUUUCAUUUGUUAAAAUAUUCACCAAUGUCACCCAAAUCCUAACCUUGUGUGAAGUAGAAAUCUACGGUGGUGAGUGAAAUAUUUUUUUUUUAUUGAUCCCGGAAUAAUAGCCUUAGUAAAAAUAAGUGCAUAGUAUUAUUAUUAUGAAAGUUGUCUUAUAUAGCGCCAAAGGCGUAGCGAGGGUGUUUGGCGCCCGGGGACAAGAUCCAUUUUAAAACGUCCCCUUUUCUUUUUUUCAACUCUCAAACCCAUUAUUUUUACCAAUAAUAUAAUAUCAAGGGACAUUUUGGCGCCCCUAACUAGCUUGCGCCCGUGGACAUCUGUCCUCGCCCUGCCCCCUCACUACACCUCUGUAUAGCGCGGUAUCCCAGCCUCGGGCCAGGCUAACCGCGCUUCACAUAAAAAUUAUUAAAAAGGAAUUAAAAAGAAACAAAACAUUAAUAAACUGUUACGUAAACUUAUUCAUUUAAAAAAAAAAAAAGCUGUGUACAAAUAUUGAACUCACCAACCCAAGUACUAUUGACCAGUGUCUGGCCAUGAACGGCACCAAGCAACAUCGAUCGUUGUUUAUUGGUCAGAGUGGGCUUAGAAUCAGUCGGAAUAGUAGAGUUUGAAGAGAUCCUGUUCAAAAACUGAGAUAAAGAAUCAUUUUAGAAAAAUUAAACAUUUACAUUUACUGAUGUGAUAUCAUUCCACGAUCUAUCAAUAUGUAUUGAGUUAAAUUGUGUACCUGGUUGUUAGCAGUAUAUUAGUUACAAGUUGGUUUAUCCUAUGAAGCCUUUCAAUAUGUUUAUACUAGAAGUGAAACGAGCAGUGACGGUGUAUAAAAUCAGAAUCACAUUUCGUUUCUUUUUGACAAUGUAAUUUUAAUAAUUCCAUGCUAUUUAAAUAGUAGGUUUUUUUUAGAUUAAUUCUUUGAUAAAAUACAUGCUAAUAAUAAAAGAAAGACUCCCGGAAACGGAAUCUUCCUCCAACAGCUGACAGGAUUUAAUCUGAAUCAAAAUUUAUUAAAUGUACUAAGUUAAGGGACAUAACUAUUAAAAUGACAGUUUUUUUAAAUCCUAGUUUACAUGCCAUACGCUGUAUUCAGUAAUUAUAUGGUUAACUUGUAUGAAUAUUUGAUAUUUUCUUAUUAUUUUAUACAUUACUUUAUGGUACCAGACUGUCGUGUAACUAGCCACCCGCCUUUCUCUUCACUUCCUUCACUCCAUUUCGUAAUGAUUCACAUGUUAACUCUCUAAAUAGAAACUUUUUGUUGACAUUUCUUUCUCCCGAUUGGAAGAUUUGCGUUACUUCUUAGACCAGUGGUUCUUAACCUGGGUUCAAUCGAACCUCAGGGGUUUCGGUGAGUCAAUCUCAGGCGUUCGGCGGAAGUCAAAAAAAAAAAAAAAAUCAGAAAAAAAAACAUAUUUUAUUUUUCCUAAUAAGAAGUGUUCGGUAAAUGCGCAUAUGAAACUUGUGUGGUUCAUCAUCUCCAACAAGUUUAAGAACCACUGUCUUAAACUAUGUCACUGACAAAAUCUCAGAUUUGGGAAUUAGUUCAGAAAUGUAUGGAUUCAAUCCAGCAAUGUCUGCCUCUAAAAUAUUUGUGUGAAUCUAUUUCAUUAUCGUGUGACAACGUACACCAGGAUUUUGAAAGUGCUAGAUUUAGAUAAAAAUGAAAGUAAUUAUUUAGCAAAUUAGUUCUCUUUAUCAUGGCCAAGUUAAUAUUUUCGUUAAACACAAGGCGUUGGAUAUCCGUAAAGUCAGUUACAUGUAUGUGCUUUUAUUACACUGAUGAAUUGAUAAGCUAGUUAGAAAUAGCCGAAAUGAUAUCUUUAUUUCAGAUUUGAAAUUAUAAAUGUAUGUAAAAGUGUUUGUGAAUCAGAUUCACCCAUGAAUUUAAUUGUCAUCACUACACUACUUAAUGCAUACUCACAAGCCUUUCAAUUAAGAUAAAAUUUUAUAUUUUAAGUAUGUGUCCGUGUUAUACUUUAUAAGAAACAUGAAUCUACAGAUUAUGUGUGUUAUGCUGUAACGUUAAAAUUGUUUGAAUAAAAUGGAAGUAUUUUGCUAAAAUAUGUAUUAAUAUUCAGUUUGGCCAAUCUAAUUAUUUAUUAACCAUUCUUCCGAUCCAGAUAAAUGUAUUUAAAAUAAGAAUAAAAGGGUUAAGACUGAUCAAUCUUUAUAUGGAAAAGUAAAGCACGCAUAAUAGGAAUUCUUUAGAAAAAAGCUAAACAAAGGCCAACUUUAACGAAGAGAACAAUUCUCCCAACCCCCUCUCAACAUAGCAGUAUAGAUGACAUGAAAUGUAAGAGAACAUUAACUCAUAAAAUAUUGGGUUUAAAUUCAAGAGAAUUUGAAAACCAAAUGAAAAAAAAACUACAACCAAAAAACAGACAAAAUCAUGGAGUAACUAGAAGUAAUGAAAAGUAAUUAUUUAACAAAUUAGUUAUCUUCUUCUUCUAUAUCUUAAGGACCCACGAUCAAUUUAUUGAUCAUUUUGGCUCCUAUGCAUGUAGAUGGGAUUUGCAAUGUUUCUGUUACUGGUGGUGAUGAGGAAAUUAUGCACUAGGGGUUUGAAGGCUUGAGGCAAUAGACACAAAUGUGUCUAGUGUUGUCGCCUCAACUGUUCCUUUUGAAAGAUGGUUCCAGUCCCUGAUUGUCUUGGGCAGGAAUGAGCAGCUCCUACACUGGCUUCUUGCUGGUAUGAGCCUGAAUUGCUUGUCAUGGCCUCGUUGCUGUCUAUGGGGGAGAGGGACGAGUUUCUGUUUAAUACUGGAACAGUGGACCAGCCCAUUAUUUAUCUUGUACAUCAUGGAGAGCCUGGAUUGUCGUAGUCGUUUCUCAAUAAUUGAUGUCGGGUUUUAGGCUGUUAAUUAGGUUAGCUAUCUCUACUCGCUUACCACUUGCAGACUGGAAGUUCACAUUUAAUAUGCGCAAUGGUCUGUGUCUCCAUUUGUCUUGUUGACUGCAGCUCAUAGGAGUAGAGCAGUGUGGUGGUUGAAAACUUCGAAUGUCUCUUGCUGUGGAGAUUGAGUGGUUCAGAGAGAAAUCUGGGAAGGUAGAGUCUGUCCCUGCACUAUGUGGGUCAAACACAGACUGGUUAAUCUGGCAGCCGCAGACAGUACAGUGCCAUGGCACGUCAGAAUUUUUAGCAUGUUGGUUGUAAUUAGAAGUGUCGAUGCUUUGGCAUUGACGAUGGAACCAUUGCCCACAUUGUUCACAGGCAACGCCUCUGUCCUCCACAUGUACAACAUGGUCACAUGCUCCGCAGAUCCAUGAUGACUGGGAUUUGGAACUUGAUGGGGUAUGCAAGGGAGAACCACCAGCACUAGUAGUAACGUUCGGUCCAGGGUUGGGUUCAGGAGAGUACGAAUUUGCCAGGAGGAUGCAGGCCAGAUACAAUAGUACCAGUUUUUGACGGCCUAAGGGCCUCUGAGUAGAGCAUGAUCGGGAUGCUCUAUGUAAAAUGUCUAUAAACACACAGUGAGCAGUACCAGCUAUGCGGAAGCCAGAUACAAUAGUACCAGUUUUUGACGGCCUAAGGGCCUCUGAGUAGAGCAUGAUCGGGAUGCUCUAUGUAAAAUGUCUAUAAACACACAGUGAGCAGUACCAGCUAUGCGGAAAACUGUCUUCCUACUGAAGUCCAAAUUGUCAAAUAUAAGGCCUAUUUCUGGUCUCUCGGGAUCAAAAAUGAACAAUUUAUUUACCAGAGCCGUUACCACAAUUAUAUAUAGUGUAAUAUUGUAUUUGAAAAUAACACAAGCCACUCCGUGUGUUUCAGUCAGAGAGCACACACAGCAAUAGAGUUUUGCUACCUUUCAAGUAAGACAGGAAGUGGUAACAAAAAUGGCGUCGAAUAUCAUCAAUGCAGUACAAACCUCGAAAUCACAUAAUUAGCUAAACAUUUUGAAGACAGUGACUUUUGGCUCAUCCCUUAACCAGCAAUGGUGACAUUUUAGAUUAUAAAUCACAGUUUGUUGAGGAUUUACUUGACUAAUAAUGUAAUAGCCAAAGAAAUAUUCCUCAUAAAAAACAUGUACACUAAUCCCAUCUAACCGGAAGUACUUUGGUUCCACUUUUGGAGAAUUAAUUGCGUUAAACACAAGGCGUUGGAUAUCCGUAAAGUAGGAAAUAGGAAAUAGGACACACUGAUUGCUAGCUAUUAAAAUGGUGUAAAAUAUUUAAUUAACAAAUAUAUUUGAAAUGCUUGAUAGUGCAUUAUGAUCAGAUGCAGAAACUGUAUCAAACUGUUCAAAUCCCAAAAAUCCCUGCGUAGCCAGGUCAAGUGGUUAGUUUUCGAAGAUUGGUCACACCAUUUAAAAAAAAUAUUUACAAAUACAGAAUUUGGUCUUGAGACUCACAGCUUUUGUUUUUUUGUGAUAAUAUGUUUGUUUUUUUAAAUAUAGGGCAGUAAUGACAUUAUAGAAUGCCAAGAUAUUACCGGUGAACUAUCUCAGAUAUAAUUUUUCUUGAGUGACCAGCCUGGUAAAGUCACAACACAUCUCUUUGUGCUACAUUUAAUCCAGUGGAUAAGCACGAGUUAUCCUGGGGUUUACCCACGCUGUCACAGCAACACACAAAUCACGUGACUGCUAACUUGUCACUAUUACGUGACACCCUAUCACGUUCGUUUUUUUAAUUAUAUUUUGAAUUACUGUUUUCCCCUGAAUGUGAAACAACUGUUUGUUUUUGUUUUUUGUGGUUUUUUUUUGUUUUUUUUUUGCUUUACUUCUUUCUUACGAAUAAUCUGUUCAACUGAAUAGGAUCUAUUCACAACAAAAAAGAUUUUGCCCAUAUGGGCUUGUGUUUAGUUCGUAAUCUUCUCAAAAUAUUCUCACCGUGUGCUUCGGCCUUACGUUUUGAUUAAUAAUCAUUAAGGAAUUAUUUUUUUCAGCACAAGUAAGAGACAUGCUGUUUGCUUCUAGUACUAAAAAUGAUCUUUAACCUUCGAUGAUCAACAGAUUCAGUUUGCUCUACAAAUCGUUUUGGUUUGGAUUGUGACAAGUCAUGUAACUGUGAGAAUAAAACAGAGACGUGUUUUGUGGCUACUGGAGGAUGCCCAUCUGGUUGUGCUGCUGGUUUCUAUGGAGACGGUUGCCAAAAUGGUAAAUACAUUUCUAACUUGGUUUAACCGACAUUGUAAUUUUAAUCGGCGUACUAUAAAAAAAUUGUAUUUUUUGACCUACUUUUGAAAUUUGUUUAAAGAAAGUAGACGAUAUGUCUUAUUAAUUCACCAUGCCAUUGUGGAGAUGAACGCUAAUCUAAGUGGAACUUCAGCCACAUUCUGUCUUAAAAUCAUUUAUUUUAAUUACGUAUAAUAUAUUUAUAAAUUGUUCAUUAUUUGUAAAUUCUCCAAUAUCGGCACGCUAAUUAGGAAAUUAUAGCAUCCAUACAUGUCACAGAUAUAAAUAUAUGGGUAAUGAGUAAUAUGGGCGGUAUUACUUAGAUAACAUGCAGAGUAGUGGGACUUGGGCAAAAUAGAAAAGAGAGGGGAGGAAAAAAGUAAAACGAAGAAAUGGCAUUUGAAUAUUAUGACAGUUGAUUCACAAUAUUUUUGUAAGAAGAUUGAACAGAAAACGUUUAUGUUUUAAAUGAAGACUUAUGUUGUGUUUACACUUUAUCGAGUAAAGAAGUUUACAGAGAAGCUAGUGUUGAAUACAUACAAUACUUUCCAAGUGUUUUUUGUGUUACUUUUGUGAGAUUAAUUCAUAUUGUACUUGAAUGUCACUGAACGGAUUUAAUAAAAAUAGCCACUAUUAUUUAAACCACGUCGUCUCUUUUAUGAUUUACUAAAGAUUGUAAUUGUGACAAUACCUAGGUACUGCUACUAGAUGUUCUUUGAAUGUCCGAGUUUGAAUCUGUUAAAUCAAGAAAACAAUGAGUGACAUUGCACCACGUUUAUGAAAACAAUUUUUAAACCGUGAUUAUCAGACAAAUCAAACUUUUAAAACAUGUCUUUUCAACAAAAAAAAAUUUUUUGAAAAAUGUUAAAUUAAUAGCCCUUUAUGAAUUAAAAUAAAUAUAGUUCCAGUUUGAUUUAGAAAUUUACUUGAAGUUAAUUUUCACAUUUAUCUUAAGUUGGAUGUAAUCUUCAAAGAUUUUGUCUUUUAAUUGUUUACUAUUGGUACUACAAGAACCAAAAUAACUUAAUAUAUGAUAGUUACGAGCAGUGAGUCUCUUAGGUGGAAUAACAACCAAAUCUUUUUCCUAAAUAUGUCCUAUAUAAAACGUUUGCACAGCGAAAAAAUAUACAGCCUUUGAUUUAAUAUAAAAUUGGUCAUCAACUGCUGAAAAGAUGUAGUUAUUAUUAGUUUGAAAUUCGACAAUAUUUCGGUGUAUAUAUCAGCGUCUAAAUUAGCGACCAGGGUGAGCAUAACGUCAUAUUAUCGGGAAUUGGGACAGAAAUUGGCGGCACUGAUGGCUCAUGAGGAAAAUGGGCGCCCCUCCCUAGAAAAUCUUUUUAUUAUUUAAAUACUCAAUGGAGAAGUUCGGCAGAUACCCUUAUUCAGUGUUUCUAUUAUACAAUGGAAUCGAGGGUUGGGGUGUGAUUUUUUAAAAAUCCAAGAUUCAGUUUCCUCUCGAUUUGUCAGCACACAAAUUAGUCUUUAGUCCCCCGGUGCUGUAAACACAAUUACAACGGCUGUGACGUGCCACUCGGUAAACUUUUCACACAAGCGUAUAUUAUACAACGCAGUAUAGGCGCGAGUAAAAUUGGAAGAGGACAAUUGAUCAGUUCAAGGACUCACGAGUAAAAGAGAGAAUUAAAAUUUUAGCACAUACCCGAAUUCAGUUUUGCACAUUUCUACACUCAUUCUGAAACCAACAGGAAAGAUGGUGGUUUAAAAUGUAGGUGUCGCUUGGCCUCAUAGCCUUUAUUUGUGAACUGGAGUUGCAAAAGAGAGGGGGAGGGGGCAUUUAUACUAAAGGGUCUCAAAAUUGUGAUGUGAACACCCAUUUUUAUUAUCAACUUUGUAUGCAUUGUGACGGUUAGCAAAACCUGAGUUUAAAAAGAUAAUGUUUGCAGACUGCUGUAUAUAAUGAUGGGUUUUUAGAACUUGUCCAUUUUAGAAUGUCACACGUAUAUUGAGUAGACAAGAGAUAUUUACAAAAGGCAUUGUUUAUUCAUUAAAAUUUUAUUUUACCUAAGGCACAUCAUAUAAAUUAAAAAUGUAUAGAUUUCCCAAUAUUUAAUAGUCUUAAUAAUUUCAAAUUUAAAACUACAAUAAUUUAAGUUAUAAAAAUUUUAAACAACUCUUCGAUAUACUUUAAAAAUUAAAAAAAACAAAAAAAAAACAAUAGCAAUUUUUUUGAAAAAUCAUCUUUAAAACUAAAAGUUUAGGUGAUAAUACCAUAUUAUCAAAUGGAAAUUGUUUUAAAUAUGAUAGUUAAUAGAGCUAAAAAUUUGAUGAUAGCGAAGGCAGCAAUACGGGUUAAGUGAAUACAAAAUGAAGCACAAAAAAAUUCCCAUUUUCAUUGGUAUGCUGUUUCUUUAAAAUAUUUAUAGAUAAAUUGUUAUUAUUUCAUUGUCUUAAACAUUGCACAGGCAAUGUGUAAGUAUUGUGAGUCGUAACAAGUGUGCAUCAACUAUAUUAUAUAAAUUAAAUUUUAUUUUUACAAUGUGUUUGAUAACGAAAUUGUUUAUGCUUAAAGUAAAAAUGUUUUCUUUAACAAUUAGGCGAAUGGUUAUGUCACGAACUCAUACACAAUCUUAUUUUAAAGUUUUGUUGCUUAGACGUAGGAAUUUUAAGAAAUAAAAAUAGGAUUGUAUGCUUAGUGAUACAAGGGCUACACUUUUGUCUACAAAUAUUAUUGAAAUAGAAUGUCUAGAAUUGACCUGGGGCUCUGGAUGUCUCAACAACUGCAGCAGUCAUUGUGUUAACAAGACAUGUGAUAAAAGGGAUGGUACCUGUGAUAAUGGAUGUGAAGCUGGAUAUUUCAUGCACACUUGCAAUCAAAGUAGGUAGUAAAGAAACGUGAUGUAGUGAAAAGUUGUUUAAAAAAUAAGUUUUCCCUUUUAAACAGUUUUAGAGAAAAUAUAAAAAUAAUUUUAGCACUAACAAAACGUAAGUAGAUGGAAACUGUUGAAAGAUUAUAUGAACUAUAAUAUCACAAGACAUAGAGUGAUACAUCGUGUUAGCAUUAACCCUUUUAUAUAUACAAAUAUAUAAUAAAUAAUCGGCAUCCUUCCGUCUCAUGAGACGAUGGUGCAUCACCGUUGGGUUGGGUUGCAUUUUCUCCAGUGGCUGUGCAGUCGUAUCCUUGAGUGACAGUCUUUACCACAGUUUUUACACACGAGUUCCGUGCUUCUAAAUGUUUUGGCCUUUCUCCUGGCUUUUCUGUCUGCAGCCUCUUCCAUUCUUCGCUCCUCGGCUACCAUGACGCCCUCUUUGACAACUGUGCGCCACAUAGAUCGGUCUUUUGCCUUACACUCCCAGUCACUUGUAUGUAUUUUAUAUUAACAUGUAUACAUAUAUGUAUAUAUAUGGCAUCCCCCGUCUUUGCGAGGCAAUGUUGUGGCUAUUGAAACUUCGUCAAAUGGCUUACGUUGCAGUUCUUGGAAUGGCUAGAAGAUGUAGUCCAUACUACACUGCCAUAUAGGAACGUACUAACCGUACACGCCUGAUAUACAUUUUAGUACAUCUACAGGGAUUUGAGGGCAUCUAAAACUAAUCACAUGAUUCCGGAAUAAGCAAAUCGACAGCUAAAGACAUGGUGCGCUCAUUUAGGACAUCUACAACUAAGUAAACGGUGGAAGAAUCUAGGAUAACGACAGCUAAGAACACGGUGGGAGAAUAUAGGGCAGACAACAAAAGACAUGGUGGGCUCAUUAAGAACAUCUACAACUAAGUAAAAUAUGGAGGUAUAUAGGAUAUAACAGCUAAGAACAUUGUGGGAGAAUUUUUUCCUUAGUCUAUGUCAUAUAUGGCAGGGAGAGGACUAAAACAAGUUAGGAAUAAAUACAUAGAAUACAAAAUACCUUUAUUAAUAGCCGUAUCCUCCGUAGACACACAAACAUAGCAGAAUCUGACGAUGACAGUCUAAUAUUAAUGUGUGCACCAUUUGUCUAUCAAGCACCAACCUGAAUAUAUACAUGUUCACAUACAUUAAUAAUGUUAGAUAUAAACAAUUCCGCGACCCUGACUAGAAGCACAUUCUGUGCUGUGAUUGUGACGUUAACUUAAUUAAAACAAUAGUUUAAAAUCACUUUAAAAUUUUUAAUUAAAAAAAAAAACAAACAAAAAAAUCCUAAAAAAUAAUUUGCAUUUCAAUUGGAUUCUUGUUGUUACAAAUUUGUAAACAACAUAAAUUGCACAAUUGGUUAGUAUUACUGGCUUUUCUUUUAAAAUAAUAGUACAAUUUGGUUGUUUUAAAAUCCUUUGUAUUAACUUAUAUUUAACUUAGAUUUUGUUCGUGGUUUUUCUUGCUGGCAGAAUCUUCAGCAGACCGAAAUUUGACCCACUGCCUGUCAAACUAUUGAGCUAAAUCUUGGCUUUUAAUAUUAACGUAUGUUAUCAGAUUUUUAAACCAACGCCCCAAAAAUCAGUUUUCCCCGUUUUUCUUCAAAGGAAAGAUAAAUCAAAUACAAUGGCAAAGAUUUCACGAAAUAAAAUUACCAAUAACUCUGCUAAAUAAGAUUAUUUCAAAAGAAAUAUCGCAAAUGCGUUUGGUGCGUAACAUUUAUAUAUUUUUCUUUUGUUUUCGUGAAAUAGUUGGUGUAAUAAAGCUGCGGCUAAAAGCUAGUGUGACACUAAACUAUUAACAUAAAAUAAAAUAAUAAUAAAUGCAUAUAAUGUAUUGUAUACGAAAAACUUUGUUUUAAUGGAUUGUUUAAUUUUAAUAAAUGGCUUAGAAUUGCCAAUUCAAGCUGUAAAUGGAACUAAAUUUAAAUUUUAAACAUUUCUUAAAUUCAAACAAAUUAUACUUAUAUGAUAAAAUAUACUUUUAAAUAAUUAAAUUACAUUACAGAAGUUCAUGUGUUAAUAAAUAAAAAAAAACAACAACAUAUAAUUAAAUAAACUGAAAAAUAUUAGUAGAAAUGUCUUUUUUUAGCAAAUGGAUUGAUUUAGAAAAUUUCUUUAAAAAUAUUACAUCGUAUUUAUGCACUCUAAUUUUAAUAUUAAUCUUAAUUAUAAGAAUGAAAAUUUUUUUUUAGUAUUCUGCAUUCUUUCUUUCGUCAGCUUGCCCAUCAGCCACAUGGGGCAAAGGUUGUCAAAAUGACUGCAGCGACCACUGUUUGGACAAUCCCUGUAAUGUCACCAACGGUAGAUGUGAUAGCGGAUGUGAACCUGGAUACUUGGGAGAUAAUUGUAUAGUCCGUAAGUAUAUGUGAAUGCCAUGAUAAUAUCAAAAGAAAGUCAUGUUUUCUUAAAGUUAAUUAAAAUAGUAAAGUUGAUACAAAUUAUAAGUCGUAUAAGUACUUUUUUUGAUUAAUUAUUUUAUAUUAAAAUACUAUUUUAUAGAUAUGUUGAUUAGUCGAAACAAGUAUAGGGUAAAAGAGAUAAAUAAUAUCCCAGAAACAUUUCGAAUUUUUAAAACACUUCACUGAACAUGUGUUGAAAAUGAGUCAGCUAUUUGAUUGGUUUAUAUAAAGAGAGCAAACGACUGACUUGGGUUUCAUGACAAUAGACUUCUUAAAUCUCUAUUGAAUCUGUCGCUUAUGCUAUUUAUAUAUAAAGUAAACAAAUAUAGUUUUGAGUUACUUUCCGUUCAUCUUCAUUUCUUCACAUUUUAGUAAUCUAAAAUUGGUAUUAACUGCAUCGAGAUUUAACACAAAAAAAUUCAUUUUAUAUGGGUCUAGGAAUCAUAUUGUAACAUCAAUGUAUCAAACACUGGUCAUACAAAAAUAGCAAAUCUCAAAAAACAAAAUUCCAGAGAUAUUUAAAAUAAUUUCAACAUUAAAAGUCUGUCAACUGAUAACAAUUUUAAAAAAAGUAUUUGUCUGACUCUCUUAAUAAUGAAGGCAUUUGCCGAAACGUUUACUUGUGUAUAAUUUAUUAUUAUCAUUAAAGCAUCAUUAAUAUUGUUAUAUUGACACAAUUUGUUCUUGUCUUAUUAAUCUUAAUUUUUAGUACGUUACUACUUCAAACUAAAAAUUCAAAGAAUUACAAAAAGACUAAUUAUAUUACUAGGAGUAAAGUUACAUUAUGUUUUUUUAGGUAAAAUUAUAACCUAUCUUACUGCUGCAAUAUUAUUGGCAAAGAUUGGUUCAUAUAAAAUUGUAUCGGAUAUUAAAAAAAGAAUUCAUCAAUAUUUUGACUUUAAUAAAUCUAAAAGAAAAAAAAAAUAUUUUAUUAGAAUGUCCAAAACUGACUUGGGGUAGCCAGUGUCUUAAGCGCUGCAGUGAACACUGUCUCAAUAAAACGUGUGAUUUUGUGAAUGGGAUUAAAAUUUGUGAUUUCGGAUGUGACGCCAGUUACAAUGACAAACUGUGUCUAGAUGGUAAGAAACUAAACAUGUUACUUAUUAUUGAAUUAUUUCUUAUCUCUUUGUAUCAUUUCUUUAUUUAUCAUGUAAUAUAAAUGUUGGAACUUUUAAUUUCUCACUUGCUAUAGAUGUAAUAAUAAUAAUAAUAAAGUUUAUUUGAAAAACACGCUUCAUCCCCAAAAGCUCGAUAUGCGGUACAAAGUCAACCAUAUUUUAAAAAAAAAUCCAACAUUAAACUAAUAUUAUGUUAAGUGUAUACAACUGAUUCAAAUGUUAUAAUGAUAUACACUUGGUCAUAAAUGGAUCAGAAUUAAAUAACUAAUAUUUUGAUAACAUUUUGAUAAUGUGUUAUUAAAUAUAUAUAUUUGAAGUUUUAACAGUCUUUAUAAUCGUCAAUAUCGCCAUGUAUCUUACUAAAAGGUUUUAUUCACGAUUUGUGAUUGAAAUUCCUGUGAAUCCAGGCCAUAAAAAAACAUGCAGAUAUACCAUGUUUUGUUUUAUUGGAACACAUCGGCAUUGUAGAGUUCGGCAAGAUGUGUUUUCUGUGGAUAGUGUGUACACACUAAUGGACAACAUUUGUUGUGUCUAAUUCCCCUUUCCUGUUAUGAAUAUGGACAGACUUCUCUUGUGUAUGCUUAAAAGAUUUUGUGGUCCCGUAAGAAAUAUGCUUGGGUCAUUGUUGGACCAUUUGGCAACUUCUUAAGAAUCUGGUUAUGAUAACUAUGAAAACAUUUGACAAGAAUAAUUAUCAAUUAAAUAUGUAAUGUAAGCACAUUUCUUUCUAACAAUAAAUGUUAGUGUUACAAAAAGUAAUUUCGUUACGGUGAAUACAGUUGCCUAGCUAAGGUUAAUGCCACUGACGGUUGGAGGUGAGGCCGAGAACUUCGACGUUCAGCUUCUAUGACAAAAAACUUAUCAUUGGGACAAAAGGCCGUCCUCAAUAAAGAGAGAGAGAGAGAAAAAAAUAGUUCCUCUCCGCAUCCCUCUCCUUUCCAACUGGCUGAAUAUUGAAACCUCUAGGCCAGGGGUGUCAAACUCAACUGCUCGACAGGCAAAAAUUGAAAUCACAUUUAGGGGUGCGGGCCGAACAUGAUAAACAUUCAAUAUGCGGAAAAUUAUAAUUAAAAAAAACAACAACAAAAAAACCAACCUGUGUAUAAAUGAUGACAGAAAAAAGUUGUAAUCAUUAAAAAUCAUUGGCAUUCCCAUAUUCUUUCGUAUGCCAAUAUGUCAGAGCUGGAUGUUUGGCUCAUUUUCUUGGCUACAAAAACCAGUAAGUUUGUUUAUAUUGGGAGGAACGUUCUGUGUCAUUGAUAUUCUCAUGACGGACUGCAAGUUUUCAUCAGUGAGACGACUCCUGUGUGAUGUUUUGUUAAUCUUCGUCACAGAAAACACCUGCUCACACAGAUAUGGACUACCAAACAUGCUCAAGGUUCGAGCCCCGCGUGUAGACUAAGCUGGGGCAUCUGUUCAGGAAUGAAACGAGUGAACUUUGCAGUCUCAACUGUGUCAUUCUUUGUCUUUAAUGUCCAUUACACUACAGCUCUAUUAGCACCAUCUGCAAUUUUACAGGUGCAUUUUUUACGUCUCUGACAAAUGGGUUAAGAAACAGCUCGAAAUUACAUUUCUCUUCCUCAAAGCACUUAAACGUCAUUCGAACUCGGCGGGAAGUAUGCUAAGUUGCUCAGCAAAGUGUGCAUUGGGAAACACCAUUGCGUUGACUUGGAUAUAAAUGUACGCCGGUCAAGACCUCGUGGGCCUGACAUAAUUGUUCGGCGGGCCGGAUGUGGCCCGCGGGCCUUGAGUUUGACACAUGUGUUUUAAGCAUUUCCGAAGCCUUUAAGGGGGUUAACUGUGUUCGCUGGGAGACGCUAAAUCUACUAAUAAUAUCAAUCUUAUACUUGCAAUCCGUUAUCCCUGGGUAAAUUCUGCUCAGUUUCAGACCCAGUAUAAAAAUAUUACCAUUAAGGGUUUUAUUUUUUAGAAUUAUUUUUAUGAAGUUUAUUUGUAUUUUUAUUAGAUUUGCUUUCCUAACUACGCACCUUUUCUGUAAAUGAAUUUGACAUAUGGCAUAUGUUAAGAAAAAAAGUGUCCCGUCUUGCUUGAUAGAAAUAGUUCUACAAAGUAAAAUAAUUUUUUUUUUAAAAACAAUUAUCAUGUAUAUUUAUUAUUAUGUUGACACUUUAAUAAUAAAAGCCUUUGCCCAAAUAGAAGUUUUAUAACAUAUACAUUUAAUUUUUUUUUCCUUAAUUAGCUACAAGCCUAUCGGACUAUACAACAGGUAUUUAUCACAUUUUUUUAAAAGAAAUUAAAAAGGCUCGAAAUUAUAUGUUGUUACCAUCCAUCCAUUUAACCAUUUGUUAAACCCUCUAUCUAUCCAUCAUUUGGUACAUAUAUCCGCCCAAUUAUAAGUUUAUCUGUAUGUGUCUCCGUCAGUCUAUAUGACCGUCAGUCGAUCUAUCUAUCUGUCUUUCUUAUAUUUUAAAUCUAUCCGUCUAUCUUUCUGUCCGUUUGGAUGCCUGUCUGUGUACCAUUCUAUCUUUCAUUCAUUCAUCAAUGUGUCUUUCUAUGUUUCUGUAUCUGCGACUUUUUAAUCUAUAAUUUAUAUUUCUGUAGUAUUAUACAUUUGUAUAGAAAGGUCUGUCCACCUUGCUAUCGAGUCUACAUUUUUUUGCAACGUUUACCUUGUGAUUUCUUAUAGAUUUAGCGUAAAAAAAUUAGUUUGCCCAUGCUUUACGUUUACAUUAUUUUUGUUCACGUGGGUGAGUUAUAUUGUUUAUUUUGUAUCCACACACGUACCGGGUACUAUACCAGUAUUAGUUGACACAGCCAAUGUUCGCUUUCUUUUUUUUUUUUUUUUGAAGCGUGGUGGGUUUGUUUGAAAUUAUCUUCUUAUUUCAUUACACUCACAAAAUAUCAGAGAAAGUCUGGAAAAUUUAGAGUUUAAUUUGGCGAUGCAGAUGUAUCCACACACGUACCGGGUACUAUACCAGUAUUAGUUGACACAGCCAAUGUUCGCUUUCUUUUUUUUUUUUUUGAAGCGUGGUGAGUUUGUUUGAAAUUAUCUUCUUAUUUCAUUACACUCACAAAAUAUCAGAGAAAGUCUGGAAAAUUUAGAGUUUAAUUUGGCGAUGCAGUCAUUUCUAAGCCAUUCUAUUUUACAUGGGGAUGCAUAUAAGACAUAGUGUACUGUAGCGUUCAUGGGCUACACGAAACUUUCCUAGAUAUUCCAUAUAAGACAAUGACAGCUGACAGCCGUGUUUGCUGCAUGUUUUCGUGCUGGUUCAUAAUAUGUUACAAAGAAAUUUCCUUUAUAAUUAUAGUGUAUCAAUGUUUGUAAGAUACUACAGCUUAAAUUUUAUAGAAAUUACGCAUUGUUUAAGGAAUUAAUUUUAUGAAUAAAUAGUUGAUUGUUAAUCUCACGAGUGUUGAUACCGCUCCUUUUGUAUUUCUUCUAAUCUUUGAUUUAGACUUUGUUACGUAACAUUAUUGAACGGACGAUUUGUAAACGAAAUAAAUCAUAGCAUUCAUAGGCAGUUUUGUAACAUAAUCAUUUAGCGUUUACAAAUCUUCUUAACAAACAGGAUACAACAAUGGACUUGGCAGUGGGAUUGGUAUAGGAAUUGGUGUUACGAUAGCUGCUGUUGUCAUCAUUUGUAUUGCUCUGUACAUUUGGUUCAAAAGACGACAAAGAGCUUCAUCAAAACCACGUGAUACAACAGACCGUCAUUACGAUCAUGUAGAUCCUACGCAGUCACGUGAUACGACAGACCGUCAUUAUGAUCACAUAGAUCCAAUACAACAAAAUGAACACGCAUAUAAUACAGCAGAUAAAACUGGUAAGUUAGUUUUUUUUGUACGAGACACAUUCAAUGAAAUAUAUUCAAUGAAAGUAUUUAAUUUCAAAAUAAUGUGAAACCUAAUAAUGAGCAGUCAUUGCGGUCCAUUGGAUAGCAUUAAUAACGGAUACAAUUAAUCCUAAAUUUUACGACAAUGUGACCAAUACUAUUAGGAGUUGUUACAAUUUUUUAAAAAUGUUGGCUGAUUUCAUUUUUAUAAAUGAUUUUUUUUCAAAUAUUGUGAUUUUGGUGAUGUACGUGCUGUUGAAAUUGGAUGUAGAUUGUAUUGUUUUUGUAAUCGUAUGUAAUGAGAAUGUAUAUUUUUGUAUUUUUUACACCUAUUUUGAAGAAAAAAAAUAAAUGUUCGAAUGAACAUGGGAAUUUUAGGUAGCUUUUUCAUGACAGAUUUGAAUGGGAAUGUGAGCGGGGUCAUUUUACUGUAUCUCUACAAGCUGACUUUGUAUGUAUAUAUUUGAAAACAAUUGGAUAAAAUACAUUUUAAUUAAGCAUACUUUGGAUCCAAUUAAUAUAUAUAUAUAAAUAUUUAUUUUCAUUCCAGGAAAUGAAUAUGAUAUUGUGAAAGAUGUCAUGAUAUUCAACGCGAAAACUAACUCAGUAACAAGAAACAAGGCUGAAUGAACCGAUGAAAAUCUUUUUUGUUGCAACGUGACACGUGCCCUUAAUACAAAUUAUUUAUUAUAAUAAAACAUUUAAUCUUAUAAUCAAUAUGAAAAAAAGGGGGGGGGAGACUGGAAUCAGGCUGGGCUAGAAGGAAAUCUGUGCAAACAAGCUAUGCUAAAAGGUUUGCUAAAACUGAAUAAAGGAGCAAAAAAAAAAAAAAAAAACAAACAAAAAAAUAUAACACUUGGGAAUAUUCUUCUGUUCUCAGUUAAAACAUCUCAGAUAAAUAUCUAGGAUACAACAUUUUAGCUAAGUUUUAAUUAUAAUAUGUAUGUUAGUCUCUGUUUCUUUGACGAAUAAAGCUUUUCAUUUUCAGGUUCGACUUUAAACUUUGUUGACAUAUUACUCGCUUACAUCCCAGUACUUAAAAUGUAUAAUAGUCGACUGGGUAAGAUGCUUCUGUAACUAUCAACUCACUAUGAUUAAGUUUGAAAAUGUCAAAGUCAAUCGAAAUAUUUUAGAAUAAGUAGGCCCCCAUUUUUUAACAUUUUAUGAGAAAUGUAAGUAUACUCUAUUAAUUUAAGAUCAUUUAAGCAGAGGCGGCGACGGCUAUGAGUCCAGCAACGAGGGCUCUUGCAAAAAAGAAAUAGAC